UUGCGUUGCCUCUUUUUGCUUUGUUCGCCGGCCUGGUGCUUUUUCUUGUGGCCGCUUUGCCUUCCCCUCCCGCCCUUCUCCGCGAGAGGAGUGGGGAGGGGGGGAAAAGAGGAAGAGGAGGAGUGCAAACAGAAAUGCAGCGCGGCUCGCCCUGAGCCCUGCCGCGGGAGCGGAGCGGAGCCGCGGGACGCGUCCAUGUGCGCGCAGUGCCGCGCCGCGCCUGGGAGCCACCGCGCUGGGGCCGGGGCCGGCUGCGGGCCGGGGGGGCUCUGACUCAUCCCACGGCCCCUCGCCCCAGCGGAGCGGAGCGGAGCCGCGCCGCGGGGACCCGCGGAUCCUCCGCGCACCCUCCUCUGGACACAGCAGCCGCCGGCGGACCUUUGCGAGCGGGGCGGCCGCCUCCCGGAUUUACAAGGCGCGGGGGCACCGCCGGCCCGGCCGGGAUUUGCGCUCUCCGGGGACGGACCCAUGGGCGGCGGGGUCCGGCGGCCAGCCAUGGUUGUUAGCCGGAGCGCCCCGCUCCGCCUGGCCGGCUGAGCGCUCCCCGCUGCCGGGACUCGGGGCCGCAGCGCGCUAAGCGGGGCGUCCCCGUCCCCCCGGGGCGCGGCGGCGGCUCGGCCCCAGCGCGCUCCCCUGGACCGGAGCGGCGAGGCGAGGCGCGGGGGGCCCAUGAGCGGCGAUGGCAGCGGCUAUCGCCAGCUCGUUGAUCCGGCAGAAGCGGCAGGCGAGGGAGUCCAACAGCGACCGGGUGUCCGCCUCCAAGCGCCGCUCCAGCCCCAGCAAGGACGGGCGCUCCCUCUGCGAGAGGCACGUCCUGGGGGUCUUCAGCAAAGUGCGCUUCUGCAGCGGCAGGAAAAGGCCGGUGAGGAGGAGACCGGAACCCCAGCUGAAGGGAAUUGUGACAAGGUUAUUCAGCCAGCAGGAAUACUUCCUGCAGAUGCACCCAGAUGGUACAAUUGAUGGGACCAAGGACGAAAACAGCGACUACACCCUUUUCAACCUAAUUCCUGUGGGUCUUCGUGUGGUGGCAAUCCAGGGGGUGAAGGCAGGCCUGUACGUUGCCAUGAACGCUGAGGGCUAUCUCUACAGCUCAGAUGUUUUCACACCAGAGUGCAAAUUUAAGGAAUCUGUCUUUGAAAACUACUAUGUUAUUUAUUCUUCCACGCUGUACCGGCAGCAAGAAUCCGGACGAGCGUGGUUCCUGGGACUCAAUAAAGAAGGUCAAAUUAUGAAGGGAAACCGGGUGAAAAAAACCAAACCCUCAUCACAUUUUGUACCCAAACCCAUUGAAGUGUGCAUGUACAGAGAGCCAUCGCUGCAUGAAAUUGGAGAAAAACAAGGACGCUCUAGAAAAAGUUCAGGGACACCAACCAUGAACGGAGGCAAAGUCGUUAACCAAGACUCAACAUAGCUGACAAACACCCUCCCUCCCUCCAGCUCCUCCCCUCCCACCCACCUUCCCACCCCACCCGGCGAACCCACACUGAGAGGACGACAGCUGAGCAAGGCAGGACCUACGGUAGUGGCUAGGAGCCCGAACUCCAGGAGCUUCCUUUAUGUAGGACGAGGAAACCGAGCCCCAGAUCUUGCCUGUUGCAACGUUUUAAAAAACAAAAUAAAAAACACACACACACGCAAAAAAAAAAAAAAAAAAAAAGA